GCUUCACCAACCCCACCCAGAAAGACCUGUACUGGUCCAAAUGGCACGCAUCUCAUGUGUGGCAUCUUUCUUUCUCUUUCUGACUAAGCUCAGCAUUGGCCAGAGACAAGUAACAGUUCAGAAAGGACCGCUGUUUAGAGCUGAAGGCUACCCCAUCAGCAUUGGCUGCACUGUCACUGGCCACCAGGGGCCUUCCGAGCAGCAUUUCCAGUGGUCUGUUUACCUGCCGACAGCUCCGCACCAGGAAAUCCAGAUCAUUAGCACCAAAGACGCCGCAUUCUCUUACGCGAAGUAUGCAGGGCGGGUGCAAAGCAGGGAAAUCUAUGUGGAGAGGGUCCAGGGCAACUCGGUCCUGUUGCACAUCUCAAAGCUCCAGGCGAAGGAUUCUGGGGAAUAUGAGUGUCACACCCCGAACACCGAUCCAAAAUACUACGGGACUUACAGUGCGAAGACUACUCUCAAUGUGAUUCCAGACACCCUCUCUGCCACCAUGAGUCCCCAGACCCUCAGGAAGGAGGAAGGCGAGCCACUGGAACUUACCUGCGAGGUAGCCAAAGCCACCACUCAGCACACCCACCUGUCUGUCACCUGGUACCUGAUGCGGGAUGGACAAAGUCCAGCCACCAAGAUUAUUUCCUUCUCCAGAGAUUUUAUGUUGAUGCCUGGACCCUCGUACACAGAGAGGUUCGGAGUUGGUGAUGUGCGGCUGGACAGGCUCGGGGCCACUACCUUCCGGCUGUCUGUGGGGAGCCUGCAGCCCUCAGAUCAGGGCCAGCUCUUCUGUGAGGCAACUGAAUGGAUUCAGGACCCGGACGAGACCUGGACUGCCAUCACGAGAAAGCAGACAGAUCAAACCACUCUGAGGGUCCAGCCGGCAGUGAGAGAUUUUCAAGUCAACAUUACAGCCACCAGCACAUUUGCCGAAGGGAAACCCUUAGACCUGACGUGCCUGGUAGUGGGCAGUGGCCAGGACCCACAGCUUCAGGGCAUUUGGUUCUUCAAUGGUGUUGAAAUGGCCCACAUUGAUGCUGGCGGAGUUCUGCAUCUGAAGACAGACUACAAAGAGAGAGCAAGUCAAGGACAACUCCAGAUCUCAAAAUUAAGCCCCAAGGCUUUCUCUCUCAAGAUCUUCGCUGCAGGGCCAGAAGAUGAAGGCACGUACAGCUGUGUGGUGGCAGAGAUGGCCAGAGCUCAGAGGGGCUCCUGGCAGGUGCUCCAGAGAAAGCAGUCACCAGAGAGUCGGGUGCACCUCAGGAAGCCAGCAGCAAGAAGCGUGGUCUUGUCCACCCAGAAUGAGCAGCAAACUGUGUGGGAAGGAGGGGCACUAACACUCAUCUGCAAGGCAGACGGAGCUGAAAGCCUCCUGUCUGUGGACUGGUGGCACUUCCCGCAGAACCGGACACAGUCCGAGUUCGUGGCUGCCAUGGAUCAGGCUGGCACCGUGCGACGGGGUGCCUCCUAUGGCGAACCCGGGAACCAUGGCCACCCAAGGCUGGAGAAAAUGGACUGGGCCACCUUCCAGCUGGAGAUCUCCUCCACCAGCAUCAGCGACAGCGGCGCCUACGAGUGCAGAGUGUCUGAGAGGAUCGGGGCCCAAGGCGGAGGGCUGAGCUGGGCUCAGAAGAUGCCCGUCACCGUGAAAUCCCUAGCAUCAAGUUUACAAGUUAAUUUGAUGAGCCGUCAACCACAAGUGAAACUAACCAGCACCUUGAACCUGUCCUGUGUGGUGGGUGUUGGCUACCCUGACCUCCAGGUGCCACUCACCGUGACAUGGCAGUUUCGGCCAGCUGAGUCUCAGGUCUUCCACCAGCUAGUCCGAGUCACCCAUCAAGGUGCUAUCGAAUGGAGAGACUUCCCAUCCCAGGCCCAAAAGAAGAUGAAGGUUUCACAGUCUUCACUGCACUCUCAACUCCUCAUCUAUGAUGCCACCAAGGACGAGCAGGGGGUGUACCAGUGUAAAGUGGAUGUUUACGACAGAAAUGCCCCGCACUCAAACCGCCCCGCCCGGGCAUCCGCUCUGUCUCACCCGCUCAGCAUAGUCAUCACUUUACCAGAGAGCAAGCUACGAGUGAACUCAAGCAGUCAAGUCCAAGAGCUCUCCAUCAACUCCAACACUGCCAUAGAAUGUAGGAUCUUGUCCCAGACCCCUGGAAACCUUCCGUUAGCCGUCACCUGGUACUUCUCUUCCAUGUCCCCUAAUGCACCUUGGCUGACGAUCCUGGAAAUGGACCAAACCAAUGUUGUAAAAUAUGGGGAUGAAUUUCACAGCCCGCGGAGAAAACAAAAAUUCCACACCGAGAAAGUUUCUCAAGACGUGUUUCAGCUGCGCAUUCUGAAUGUGGAAGACAGCGAUCAGGGCGCAUACCGCUGCACUGUGCGGGAGUGGCUCGUGUCCGCGGAUGGUGCGCAGUACCAGCUCGGAGAAGAGACGUCAGGUCUGACAGAAUUGAAACUCAGGCCCACAGGAAGUAAGGUCCAUGUCUCUGAAGUGUACUGGACGGAAAAUGCAACUGAGCAUGCCGAGGUGGCCGUCCACUGCAGCCUGGAGAGCUCGGGCGACUCAGCCUCCCUGUUCUCCGUGAUGUGGUACCGGACCAGAGAACAUUCUGGAAGACAACUGCUGGUGCACCUGCAGCAUGACGGCUUGCUGGAGUAUGGUGAAGAGGGGCUCAGGAGGCGCCUGCAGUGUUACCGCUCGUCCCCUACAGACUUCGUCCUGAAGUUUCACCAGGUGGCGAUGGAGGAUGCGGGAACAUACUGGUGCAGGGUGGCAGAGUGGAAGCUCCUUGGCUCCCCCAGCAAGUGGGUCACCCAAGUGUCAGAUGAGUCGCAGCAUGUGGUGCUCACCGUGCUGCCUUCAGAACCCACAUUUCCUUCCAGGAUCUGCUCUUCAACGUCUUUUGUCUAUUUUUUAUUCGUCUGUCCCUUUGUUCUGUUCAUUCUUCUGCUCAUUUGUGCCCUCUGCUUACACUGGAAGGCCAGGAAGUUGUCAGCACUGAGACUAGCCUCCCAGGGAGAAAAGGUCCUCUGGGUGAACAUGAACGGGGCUGGAGACAGUCCCACCAACAGGUGGGAAGAGGAAGAGGAAGAGGAAGACCUUUGAAUCCGGAGGGGCGCCCGCAGUCCUGUGGGACCAGUGUGGACUUUGCAGUUGAACUGAUCAGACCAGCAUGUGAAUGCCUCCUGGUUCUGCCCUUCUCUUGUCUGUGGCCUUGGGUAAGUUACCCUGGAAUCUGAGGAGACGUUUAUUGAGUGUGUAUGUGGUGCCAGGCACUGUUAAGUGUUUCUUUGUGUGUGACCUCAUCUACCCCUCGCAUGCCCCUCCCCCCAGGAGCUGGAUGGCAUCAUUACUCUGAUUCCGUUCAGCACACCUCACUGAGGUUCAGGUUCCCCGUCUGUGAGGAGUCCCACCCUCUCACAGCCUCUGGGGCUUAGUGACACCCUAUGGCCAAGCCCAGUGGGGAGUGGGGGGCGCUCCCUCAGCUCUCCUGGGCUCUUGGUCACUGAUUCCCUGGGAAACACCCUGAGCUCCCCUCACCCUGGCUCUCAAUAAUCAUCUGCCUCCAGUGCAUAGGGGUAGGAAGGGGCCGGAUGUGGCAAGGUGGACGGGACUGGGAACAUGCCCUUCUUCCCCACUCCAUCUGCCUGCCGCCGCAGCGUGGCUUCCUUCCAGGCAGAAACCCCAUUUCCCCUCCGUCCCAUCUAUAAGAGCCAAGCAAGAACUCUGCGUAGUAGGCGCUUAAUCAAUGUUGGUACUUUUGAUUAAAUAAUAAAGCAUUUUGUAGCCUGUUCCCCCCACCACCACCACCAUAAGACUAAGUCAUUGCCAAGGAAAACUUUUUUUUGAAUCUAGCAACAGUGUUCCAGUCAGCCCCCCAAGGCUCGUAUCUCCCCUUCCUCCCCACACAAGGCCUGCCUGCCUCCCGGUUCUUAGCCAAUGCCUCGCUGUGGUGAUUAUUUGGGGGAGGAGGGGUCCCCAGUGGCACACCCCCUCCCACGGCAGGGGGCCCAGGGUUCGGGGGACAGCGGGUCACGUCUGGCUCCUUGGGAUCCCCUAUUCUCAGCCAGGUAAAGUCAAGAGGGUGGUGGAGAGGUUGGGGUUCAUGGCUUAAGGCUUUCAACACUGUCCCCCAGGAGUAGACAACUGUCCCCACUGGACCUGAGGUCCCUUCCCCUUGUUUCAAAAGCUACUCAGGCCCCGUUGUAGCCAGAACAGAAAAUCAAUCAGUGUCACCUAACAGACUUGAGAAAACACAUCUAUUUAUCGUCUGUGUGACCAACGGCAUUGCUUUCACACUCGGUAAUUUGCAUUUCCAAGGAGAGCGAUUUAUUGUUAAUUAUUGUAUCAGGCGCAGACAUCCUCUCCAAACAUAAUUAGUUUUUUUUGCAAGGGAAUCAUCAGUGGCUGUGAGAACUCCCACUGUAGACCCACUGGGUCCUCACACUCAUCUCCCUUUAUGGCCUCGUUCGAAAUACUCCAAAUGUUUCCUUAAACACAUGGACACAUUUGUUUUUCUCAGGUAGGGAAGCUUGGUUUUCAGAGAACAAAGCUCAAGUUAAGACCUCUUAAGAAAUAUGAUUGAUGUCUCCCCCUCCAGUUUUCCCAGCAACCUGUAUUUUCACUGGGAUACUGAGGGGAAGGAGCAGAACUGAGCCCAGCAGAGAGAGUCGCAGUGGAUUCCAGGGCCUCCCCUCCCCACGCCCAGAUGCCGCCUUUCCAUGCUGAGCUCACACGAACCACUUUUUCUCGCUCAAAGGCAGCACGGAAAUUGUCAGAGCAGACCCUCAAAUGCCUAGCUGCCCCCGCCCCCAGCGGGGUCUGGGAAUGAUCGUCUCUCGAAGAGCCUGCCAUGUCUGGGGUGGGAGGGUGCGAGGGACCCAGUGGUAACCCAAGCAGACUGAGCCCUGCUCGCCCUGUUGGUCACUUGCCUGGCCUAGACACUCUGCGUUCAUGACUGGGAUCUGGCACAGGUUAGAAUUUCAAAGAAGCCAAUUUGCCCUUUUGGCUCAUGGUGAGCGUUCAGGUAACUAAAACCCCAGUCUUGUUUUUUUUCCUUUUUUAACACGUAGAAUAAAAUUUGUUUUCAUAGUAGACAUUUUACAUGAAACCUAUGUUUGGUCCAAUUAUGUACUUGUUCAUUUUAGUUCUUAAAACUUAAUGGAGAACGUCACUUUUCCUUAUUGAUUUCAGCCUUUCCAUCCUGCAUCACCCCCAGGUUUUACCUUACUUUCUGGUGUUAUAAAUUCUCCUUGGCAACAGGACAAACCUCUGUGUUAGGAGCUGGCUGCCUUGGGCCCAUGGGCAAAAUACAGCCCAGCACCUGUAUUUUAAAAUGUAAUUUGUUGGAAUCCAGCCCUUUCCACUUACCUAUGUAUUUUCUGCAGCUGAUGUUUUGACCAAAUGGCAGAGUUGAGCAGUUGCCAUGGAGACGGCAUGACCCUCAAAGCCUGAAAUAUUUGCUAUCUGGCUCUUUAUGGAAAAUGUUUGCCAACCCUGCUCUCUUAAAGUAGCUAAUGUUCUGUCUGUUUUCUCAGUGUAUCGUGGUCCUGGGAAACUUGAUUUGACUUAUUAUAUCUGUAGUGGUUAUAUAGCUGAAUUAAUUUAAUAAAUAGUCUUGGACUCUC